ACAAAAUACAGUUUAACAAAUCAUAAAAUAAUUCAUAAUGAUAAAUUUAACCAUAUUUGUGAAAUAUGUAACAUAAGUUUUAAACGAAGUGGUGAUUUAAAUAAGCAUAUUCUUCAUAUUCACAAUGAUGAAUACAAUUAUUCUUGUAAUAUAUGUAACAAAUAUUAUAAAUCGAGAUACCAACUAAAAAUCCAUCACGAAACUCAUACUGAUGAACGUAACUAUUCUUGUGAAGUGUGUAACAAACGUUUUAAAACAAAAUACAGUUUAACAAGUCAUAAAAUAAUUCAUAAUGACAAAUUUAACCAUAUUUGUGAAAUAUGUAACAUAAGUUUUAAACGCAGUUCUGGUUUAAAUCAGCAUAUUUAUACACACAACGAUGAAAACAAACAUUUUUGUGACGUAUGUAAGAAAUACUUUAAGGCAAAACGGUAUUUGCGACAGCAUAAAUGUAUUAAGAGUAAAACAAGGCGGAAAAGUAUCCAGCGGAAAAAUAUGUGUUGCGACAUUUGUGGUAAGCGCGUUAGUAAGGGCCGUUUAGAAAGACACAAGAGAACACACAAAGUUUAUGCCUGUAAGAUAUGUGGAAAAGAAUUUAAGCGGAAAUAUCUGUUUCAACAUGAACAAACACAUCGUGAAGACCGUCCUUUCAAAUGCAAUAUUUGCAAUAAGAGUUUUAAGCGGAAAGAGAGUUUAAAAACGCAUUACAUAAUUCAUACUGAUGAAUGUAACUAUGUUUGUCCGAUAUGUAAUAAAAGUUUUAAAUGCAGUACUUAUUUAAAACUUCAUACUCGUCUACACAGCAAGAAAUUAAAAUAUUCUUGUGAUAUAUGUAACAAAGAUUUUAAAACAAAACAGUAUUUGACACGUCAUAAAGUAGUUCAUAAUGAUAAAUUUAACUAUACAUGUGACAUAUGUAAUAAAAGUUUUAAACGAAGUGGUGAUUUAAAACAGCAUAUUACUGUACACAGCAACGAAUACAAAUAUUCUUGUCAUAUGUGUAACAAAUAUUUUAAGAGAAAACGUUUCUUGGAAAAGCAUAAAAAUAUUCACAGCGAAAGAAAAAAAGUAUGUUUGUGACAUAUGUAAAAAAGGUUACGCCAAUACAACUUCCUUAGACAGACAUUAUCUAACUAAACAUGAAAAUAUGUAUUUAUGCGAUAUUUGUAACAAGCCGUUCAAGACUGAAUCCACGCUAAAAGAACAUUCGAAAAUUCACAUUUAAAAGUGUAAUAUUUGUAAUAAGUAAUUAAUUAAUCGCCAAAAAUAUUUAUUAAGACAUAAAAAUGUUUCGUUGUGAGAAAUGCAAUAGACUUUUUACCAAUAGACAUGUAUUAAAAUGUAAUGAAUACAAUCACAAAGAAGACAAUCUUCGUUACAUAUGUAAUGAGGAAUGUUAUUUUAAAAGUCUUUUAUUAAGCCAUCAAAUCGUUUAUCAGAAUUAAGCGUAUUAUUGUAGAAAUGGUAAAAGCAAUUUAAAACGGGAACUAAACUGAAAUUACAUUUAAAAUUUUUUUGUUUAGAAAUACACCCCAAUUACCUUAUCAAUGUAAUAUAUGUAAACAAACUUUUACCAGUGGGAAGGUUUUAGAGAAGCAUAUGACUACUUUUAAUAAUUACAUUCAUUUCUAAUGUG